AAGGCGCUGAACAGUUCAGAUUCAUCUGGACAGAGAACAAGACAGCGUCCUGACGCCUAACUAGACACAACUUAAAAGCCUGAUUUCAGGAAUGAAAAAAGUAGCGUGCAUUAUUUUGCUCUUCAAUUUAGGGUUCUAUUUCUGCGAAGGAGCGGACCCGUGCUGCGCCCAGCCAUGCCAGAACAGAGGCUUCUGCACAUCGCAAGGAUUCACCGACUACGAAUGCGACUGCACGAGAACCGGCUACUACGGACGCAACUGUUCAACGCCUGAGCUCCUGACCUGGGUGAGGACCCUGCUGAAGCCCAGUCCCAACACCAUGCACCACAUCCUCACUCACUACAGGCCUGUCUGGGACUUCAUCAACAGGGCCUCCUUCAUCCGCAACGCCAUCAUGAGCUACGUCUUGACCUCUCGCUCUCACCUGGUGGACAGCCCCCCCACCUAUAACUCAGACUAUGGUUACCUGAGCUGGGAGUCGUACUCUAAUCUGAGCUACUACACCCGCACCCUGCCUCCUGUGCCUCAUGACUGCCCCACACCCAUGGGCACUGCAGGGAGGAAGGUUCUCCCGGAGGCUAAAGACGUGGUGGAACGUGUUCUGCUCAGGAGGAAGUUCACUCCAGACCCUCAGGGCUCCAACCUUAUGUUCGCGUUCUUUGCCCAACAUUUCACUCAUCAGUUCUUCAAGACGGACUUCAAGAAGGGGCCGGGGUUCACCAAGGCUGGGGGACACGGGGUGGAUCUGCAUCACAUUUAUGGAGACACUCUGGAGAGACAGCACAAACUCAGACUAUUCAAGGAUGGGAAGCUGAAAUACCAGGUGCUGGAGGGAGAGGUGUACCCCCCCACAGUGAGAGAUGUGGGCGUGUACAUGCAUUACCCCCCCUACGUGCCAGAAGAGCACCGAUUCGCUGUCGGCCACGAGGUGUUCGGAUUGGUUCCUGGCCUGAUGAUGUAUGCCACGCUGUGGCUGAGGGAACACAACCGUGUGUGUGACAUCAUGAGGGCGGAGCAUCCAGACUGGGACGACGAGAGGCUCUUCCAGACCUCCAGACUCAUCCUGACUGGCCAGACCAUUAAGAUCGUGAUAGAGGACUACGUCCAGCAGCUAAGUGGGUAUAACUUCCAGCUGAGGUUCGAUCCAGAGCUGCUGUUCACCCAGAGGUUCCAGUACCAGAACCGGAUCUCUGCAGAGUUCAACACCCUGUACCACUGGCACCCUCUGAUGCCUGUGGACUUCAGGAUCCAAGAGCAGACCUACUCCUACCAGCAGUUUGUGUUCAACACCACCCUGGUGCCCCUGCACGGCAUCACUGGCCUGGUGGAGGCCUUCACCAACCAGGUGGCAGGACGGGUGUCAGGAGGGCGUAACGUUCCUCCCAGCAUGGUGGGCGUGGCCAGCAAGGCUCUGGAGCACGGCAGAGAGAUGAGGUACCAGUCCCUUAACGCCUACAGGAGGCGCUUCAACAUGAGGCCCUACUCCUCCUUCACUGACCUCACUGGUGACAGCGAGCUGGCGUCCGAGCUGGAGGAUCUCUAUGGCGACGUGGAGGGGGUGGAGCUCUACCCCGGCCUGCUGGUGGAGAAGCCACGCCCCGGGGCGGUGUUUGGGGAGACCAUCGUGGAGAUGGGCGCCCCCUUCUCCCUGAAAGGCCUCAUGGGUAAUCCCAUCUGCUCGCCUGAGUACUGGAAGCCCAGCACCUUCGGCGGCCAUGUUGGCUUCUCCCUCGUGAACUCGGCCUCCCUGGAGAAGCUGGUGUGUGAGAACAUCAAGGGUCCUUGCCCGCGGGUGUCCUUCCGGGUGCCUGAGAGGCUGAGGCAGGCUGAGGCGUCCCUCCAGGACGCCGGCAGGACCCAGGGGGUCAGCAUCACCCCCACGCUGGCCAUGAAGGAUCCCAGCUCAGAACUGUGACCUGGCAGGAAGUAGUUAGACACAGGUUGUGUCUGUAACCAAGGAGACCAUUUACAACUGAUGAUAAGCAGCAUUAAUUGGUUAUAACUGAACAGAGAUAGCUAACUUAAACAAGCAACAACUGAUGAGUGUUUCCAAUUUUGUUUUAAUUUAUUAUUUAAUUUAUUUAUUGUGAUGAUUUAUUAAUAGUUUUUGUAAUUGUUGAUUGAACUGUUAAAACUUGACUAAUAAGAGAGAGAGAGAGUGAAAGAGACAGAGAGAGUGAGUUAGAGUAAGAGACAGUAUGUGUGAGAGAUACAGAGA